AGUACUAAAAUCGAACGGGAAAAAAUCUUUCAUCAAACAGAGCAACCAAAAACAGAGUUUCAAUUUGAGAGAUCAAUGAAGAGACAGAACAGCUUCUUAUCAUCCUCUUCACAAGUUGAAAUUUCUUCCGAUAACUUCCUCCGCCGCAGCCACCGCCACCACGGUUCCAGAUCCUUCGGCUGCGUCUCCAGUCUCCUCCAUUUCCUCUCCAACAACAACCACAGCCGCCGCAACAAAUCCAUCACAUUCGUCCACAACAGCAUUCACGAACUCGACAAUGCGAUUUCCAAAUCGAAUAUUUCUCAAUCUCCGAAGCAUGAAUCCGCCGCUAAUCUCCUAAUUUCCUCAUCCGAUUCGCCGCAGAUCGCGGAACGAUCCGAAUCCACAAUGUCGACGACGACGGUGGAGAGAUUUCGAGGAGCGAGAGGUCCGAUCGUGCGAUUGAUGGGACUAGAAAGCUCUACGGCGGAGGAAGGCGUUCCGGCGGCGGUGGAGAAGCAGAGGCAGAUUAUGGAAGCUUUGGAGAAAUGUGAACAGGAUCUAAAGGUGCUGAAGGAAUUCAUCGAGGCGUUUGAAUCGACGGAGAGCUUCAGAUCGUCGUCUCCGGCCGGUGAAGGGAAGAGGAUUGAGUUGAUGGUUUUGAAACAGAAGGAGGAGGCUAGUCCGGUGGCGUUGUCGGUGGUGGAAGAGUUGAGUAGGCGGCGGCAUUUCGUUAACACCAUGUUCUUCCACCGGCCAUCUGCAAAUUCCGGACGAAUGGAAUUACAGCAAAUACAACAAAUGCAAAGGAAGAAACCAGAAGGGGACAUGAUGAUGUUCAAUAAUCUAAGCAAAUUUGACAGUACCAAAACCAAAAUCCACGAGAUAGUGAUUGGUAACUGGAAAAGUGAAAAAGCAGCUGAACAAUCUCCACUAUGUAGAAGCAAGGUGGCAAUGAGAGAUAGUGUAGAACAAGUCUUCAAAGAAAUUUCUUGGGGUCAAAACAAGGAAAUGGGAAGAAUAGGAUUGGCUUUACAAAAUCAAAUUUGUGGGGAUUUGAUUGAAGAGUUGGUUAAAGAUUUGAAUUAUAACUAUACAUGUGGUUAUUAUAGUUCACUACCCUUUGAAGCUUGCAAGAGAAGACUUUGUUUCUAGUGUUUUUGUUUUGUAUCUCAAUACACAAUAUGGUAAAUCAUAUUUGAUUUUAUUUAACUGUUUCAGUUUAUAGACAUUUUUGUUACUCAUAUUAGUACUUAGUUAUUUAACUUUUUUUUUUUUUUUUAACCUUUACAUGAUCUUAUGCUUCUUUGUAUUAGUGUUUCAUAUGAAUAUAAAAAUGAUCAGCUAUAUUAUUGAGAGUUGUUGGAUGUGUAUAUAUACUAAAGAUUAUGCUAUGGCAAUGACUGUUAUUAAUAUUAAUGAAGUGUUUUCCAAGGAAAUUUUGAUGAGAGUGGUUAAUAGUAACAAAUAAGUAGGAAGGAAAUAUGUAAUUGCAUGUUUGUGGCUCUUAGUGACACCCUACCCUACUGAUGUUGCCAUGAUGAUCCCAUAGCAUCCAUGCAAGCUCUCUCAUACCAUCCAUCUCACCAUGCAACAUCACUAGUCGAGUUUUAUUUUGUCCUAAAUAGGUCUUUAAGAUUUGAAUUUAGAGGUCAACUUCUACUUUUGUUUCUAAGCUUUAAGAUUUGAAUUUAGUUUCUAUUCAAGAAAUUCUUUCCUAUGGAAAAAAGAUGGUCAGGCUCUUCAUGAGUCGAAUGUGAGUGUGGGCAGCACACUUGAAAAGAGAGGAUUUUUAUCCUUGUGACAAUCAAUUAUUCUUUCAGUUCAGGUAAAGAUGCAUUUCACAUGAGAACAAAGUAAACAAAGAAGCAAAAUAAGAUGCAAGGGCACAACAAAAAAUAAGAUUGGGGUAUGGAUCUCCAUUUAAACUCCUUUUCAUGGUUCCUAAUGCAUCUUGUAAUCCCAUGAAUUCCCAUCAUUAAAAGGGAAAAAAAAAAAAAAAAAAAAAAAAAAAAAA